GUAUAUUCCUCGAGAUGGAUUAUGUAAUAAAUCUGUGCAACAUGCUAGACUAUUUCGGGAUAAAAGAUCAUUUGGUGCAAGAUUGUAUCAACUAUUUCAAUGAUAAUUUUUCACUUAAACAUCUUCCCGUUGUUAUGCCUCAAGUGAUUCCAGUAUCUAAGUUAAUAGACUCGAGUCGUCUCAAUGCUUUCAUCUGUCGCUAUUUCUUGAAGAUAGCAAACACUAAUGUUUGGUUGGAUUAUCCUGUUGAAACAAUUGAAUACAUGUGUUCCUUGGACCUGAUGAUUCAUUCAGAAUACCAAGUAUUUGAUGCAAUCAUGAAAUGGAUCAAAGCAAAGGCUGAUUCCAGAAAGUGCUAUAUUGAAAGAUUGUUAAAGUUAAUCCGAUGGUGCCAUUUGGAAGAUAAGGAUUUAUCCAAAAUAAGAGAAAAUGAAUUAAUUGGAUCUUUCAACUCUACACCAGAAAUUUGUGCUCAUGACGAAAGUAACUGUAACUGUAUAAAUGACCGAACUAAACAAGGUUGUUUUGUUUUAAUUGAAGAAUGGCUGGACGACAAAGAUUUGAGAGUCAAAGUUCUUGACGGUAAUUUUGGGUUACUGAUUAAUCAAGUAGUUCGAUUAGAUGAGUUUAUGCCUUUGAUUCUACUUCAAGAUGAACAUGUUUCUGAUAUUUCAUUCGAUUCUGGAAGGCAAAUGAUACGAAUUGAUUGGAAGCAGAAGAAAUAUUGUAUGCUCGAUCUUACAGCUUAUAAAUCGUAUUAUCAAAUUUAUAGAUCCAUUUUUGAAGAUCAAGAAGGGCUGAAAUUCCACAGUGUGAUAACUAAACCAGAUCAAUCAAACUCAGAUCUUAUGUAUGAACUUUCACUUCUCGAAGCUGCCGAAAAGUUCAUUCUUGUUCGUAAUGGACUUUACAGGUUCAAAUGUUGGGAGAAUCCAUCCAUAGCAGAUAUUAAAAAUCAAUCCGAAUGUUAUGGGCAAAAACAAUGUACUUACUUGGCAACUGUUCAGGACAACAAUGUUUAUGCGCUGACAAGGAAUCUGGAUUUCUUCCGAUUCAACAUAAGUAAGUGUGAGUUCAACAGGAUUGGAUUUCGUAAAGAUAAAUUUAAAUUCGUUAAUUUACUUUUAACAUCCAAGCAAGCUAAUGAUGAUAGAGUUAUUUUGAUUGAUAAGACCACAAAAGACGUUCUCUGUUUCAAUGUCAGCACUCAAGAAUGGAAAUCAAUCGAUCAAAUCAUUGAUUGUAAAAGCAAUUCUUCGGAAGAUUCAAAGGAACCUAAUGUUCUUAAAACUUUCACCUUUGGAUUUAUAUCUUUGGACUCGAUCAACCUUUGCUUGGAGCAAAAUUAACACAAUAAAGUAAAGCUUUUUUGAUACAAUGAUUCAUAAACUGAGUACACUGUGUAUCAUUGUUAACUUUGUCAACCAAUUUCCAGUCGUGCGUCCUCCCGUCAAUCCGGGGCUUUUAUGUUAGAGCGACAAGCCUUGGCCAACUCAGUAUAAAUUUUUCCAUAUUAUAUUCCUGGAAGUUCACUUCUCGAAGCUGAUAAUAAGUUUAUUUUGAUUUACACUCAUGAAAGGGCAUUAUAUUGCAUAACACCAACUGCUGAUGACAUUGAAACGCAUUUCAAGAGCUAUGAGAAUGAUUUUCACGCAACUUUAUUGGACAAUAACAUUUACAUACUGACAAAUAAGCUUAAGUUCAUAUAUUUCAACAUUUCUUAUAUUAAUAGGAGCAUCAGAAUGAAUCGGUAGAAACGAAAUGCACUUUGCAAAUUUACUUCUCACUUCCAAGCGAUCUAAUGAUUAUUAUUUUGUUUGUUAAGUCUACAAGAGCUACAAGUCUCUGUUUUAAUGUCAACACUAAAAGAUGGGAUUCAAUUGACCUUAAGAUUAAUAACAAAUCUACCGGUGACUCAAAGAAUUCUAAUAAGCUGUUAACUUUAACCUCAGCAUUUAGAUCGAUAAAUGUUACCAGACAGCACAUGAGCCGUGAUCUCAAAUAACACUUUGUAAAGAUUCAUUUACAUUCAGUUAUAUUAAAAUAUGUUGCUUUGAAAUACAGUCACCCUUCUAAAACUGCACCAUUCUGAAACUGCACUUUUUUUCUCAAUGGUCCCUAUUAAGGAGGAGUUUGAUUUACUUUUGAAUUUCGUCGAUUUUUGAUUCAAUUUUUGCAAUUAUCAAUUGAUUUAAUUCAAUUUUCUUUCGUGAAAUAUCAAACCAAAAACUCGUAAAAUCAGUUUAAAGAAAAGUUUUAGGUUAAAUUCAACCUAUUAAGGAAGAUUGAAAAUCAUGAAAUAUGCUGCCCGAUCAAUAGUGUAAAUAAGCUAUUUCACGAGAGGUGCAGUUUCAGAAGGGUGA